AUGGAUAAUUACGCCAUGACUGGGCAGUAUAGCCAUCAUAGCUCUAACAAUGACCAUGAGUCCAAUAAUAUUGUGUUGCAGACCAGCGGGGAUAUGGGCCUGUUCCUCACGCCAUCUCUUGCUGAAGACGAUAUCAUAAUGUCUCCUGCUAAUGGGCAACACCAAUACCCUAUAUCCGGCAAUGAGCCCCUUGCCCCAAACAACUGGGCACCACCUCCCCACCCGGCUCACCAAGCUGAGAUGGCAGGAUCUCUUAAUGAAGUCGAUGGUCUAUUCGACAACCAACCCGCUGGGGAUGCGGCCUAUGCUUCUCCCGAUGUUCUUUCUACGGCCGUUGAUGGAGCCCAGGAUACGCCGUCCCAUGUUCUCGCCAACACACCUGCAACCGCCAACGGGCAGCCUCCCGGCCAACGCAGGUCCCGUGCACGGCCGCUGGAUCCUCAACUUUGGGAGCAUCACAAAGCCAACAUCUAUUCUUACUAUAUAGAACAAGACUGUGCUUUAUCGGCAACUAUGGACCUAAUGCAAGCAAACUACCAGUUUCAAGCAACAGAGAAGAUGUAUAAAUACAGGUUCAAAAAAUGGAAGUGGUCCAAGAAUCCGCCAAGAGUCAUAGCUGCGAGUAUGCUCGACAUUGCCGAGCAGAGGCAGCCCGUCGAGCGGAUAAAGAAGCUGCAGAGCAGACAUUCCGCUGAAGACUCGUUUAUACAGGAGGGCUCUUCUAUACAUGACGAAUUCACCUACCGGACACCAACACCACCAUCUUCCGGCGUUAUCGUUACCGCCGCCGAGAGCGUCUUCGAGAACUUGCAGGGCACUGAUGGUGAUCUGGAUAUGGCCGGUGCAGCCACUGCCGAUACGUGCACCCAGGACUUGCGCAAGUUCCUGGACGAAGGCUUUUGUCGCACCAAUGCUACUCCAGAAGAGCUCUAUUCCCGCGUUCAAGAAGCUGUGAAAGCGAUCGGGGAAGGUACCUGUAAUCACGAAGAGGCGGGAUCAGCCUUCAGAGCUGCAUUUUCCUACUACAGACACCACUGGUCUCCAACCCACAGCAAAACGCUAGAGAUUGGCUAUUUUCUGGCCACUUUCUACGUCAAAACAGGGCGUGUCAAUGAUGCCCAUUGCAUUCUUGACUGGAUGACCAAAGAGCACUGUGAUGACACCAAGUCUUGCCACGCCGGGACUAUAACCCAUUUGAUCAGUACUAUAGGCAUCCUUCGCCAAACACGAAGGGACAAAGAGGCAAACAUGCUUACAAUUCAACUCUUGAAACAUCAUCAAGCUCCAGAGGCGGGUCAUUUCCUCCUGCAAAGCCCUUCUGACCCUUCUGGGCCUUGUGCUGGGUCGAAUGAGAUGAUUGAGGACCUCAUAGCAUCGAGCGAACCCGAGAAGCUCGCGGCCAUGUCAACUAUUUUGGAACGCCUUUCAACCGAUUCCAAGAACCAUCAGCUACUCCAAGAUCUACUCCCUCGUUAUGUACAGAAGUGCGAUGGCCAACCGACGCUUGAGAAUCAAGCCAUCCACUCUGGAUGCAUUUUGGCGGCAGCAUUAGUUACGAGUGCUCAAUAUGCGAGGGCUAUAAACACUCUCAAGGAGGCAGAGCGGCUCUUGAAUCCGUUCUUGAAUGGGAACAAUGAAUCCCAGUGCCCAUUGGAGCCCUCAACGCUCACACUGGCUCGGCGUCUUGCUUUUACAUAUGCCGAUGCAAACGAUCCAAAUGCAUGCUUGAGAGUAUUAAGCACCACAUUAGAGCAUAUCGUCUUUGAUGAACUCAUGGAUGUUGGCACUGGCUACGGCCUUGCGGUGUGCGAUUUCCUCAUGUCGACGGCAUCUGAACUCCAUGAAAAGGGUUUCUGUAAACGAAGCGGUGGUUGGAUGAACCAAGCUCUCCUAAAAUCUCAAACCAUAUUUGGGGAUGAUCAUGAAUGUACGAAGCGGAUACAAGAAGUAAUGACUACUUGCGAUAUGGAUAUUUAUUUUGGUGGUCCACCUGGGACUUGUUAG